CCGGCGGCUGGGAGCGCGGGGUCGCGGCCGGGACCGGGGUCGGGGCCGGGGGAGGGGGGGACAUGAAUGACUAAGCCGGCGUCUGCACAGCUGCACCGGCCCUAAUUCCCCUGCGCCCCUCCCCGCCCCCCGCCCCCGACUAAUCCAUCAUUCCGGGGCCGAAACAUCAUUUCUCACAUUCUCCCAGAGAAACCCUAGUCGCCGGGCGGAAUCCCAGCUCAGCGCUGCGCCCCCUCCAGUGGCCCGUGUUCACACCGGAGCUGCGGGAUGCGGAAGGGGCUGCGGAGAUCGCUGCUGUUUAGCCCGUGGGGGUAGAAUGUGUUGAAAGGAUGGGGCUUCUCUCUCUUGGGGCUCACGAUGGCGAGAGAAGAUUCUGUGAAGUGCUUGCGCUGCCUGCUCUACGCGCUCAAUCUGCUCUUCUGGUUAAUGUCCAUCAGCGUGUUGGCUGUGUCUGCUUGGAUGAGGGACUACCUAAAUAAUGUUCUGACUUUAACUGCAGAAACAAGGGUAGAGGAGGCUGUCAUUCUGACUUACUUUCCUGUGGUUCAUCCGGUCAUGAUUGCCGUUUGCUGUUUCCUAAUCAUCGUGGGGAUGUUAGGAUACUGUGGAACAGUGAAAAGAAAUCUGUUACUACUUGCAUGGUAUUUUGGAAGUUUACUUGUCAUUUUCUGUGUAGAACUGGCUUGUGGUGUUUGGACAUAUGAACAAGAAAUAAUGGUUCCAGUUCAGUGGUCAGACAUGGUCACUUUGAAAGCCAGAAUGACAAAUUAUGGCUUACCGAGAUACCGGUGGCUUACUCAUGCUUGGAAUUUUUUUCAGAGAGAGUUCAAGUGCUGUGGAGUUGUCUAUUUCACCGACUGGCUGGAAAUGACAGAGAUGGACUGGCCCCCGGAUUCCUGUUGUGUUAGGGAAUUCCCAGGAUGUUCCAAACAGGCCCACCAGGAAGAUCUCAGUGACCUCUAUCAAGAGGGUUGUGGGAAGAAAAUGUAUUCCUUUUUGAGAGGAACCAAACAGCUGCAGGUGCUGAGGUUUCUGGGGAUCUCCAUUGGAGUGACACAGAUCCUGGCCAUGAUUCUCACCAUUACUCUGCUCUGGGCUCUCUACUAUGACAGACGGGAGCCUGGGACAGACCAAAUGAUGGCUCUGAAGAAUGACACCACUCAGCACCUGCCUUGUCAUUCAGUGGAACUGUUGAAACCAAGCCUGUCGAGGAUCUUUGAACACACAUCCAUGGCGAACAGCUUUAACACACAUUUUGAGAUGGAGGAAUUAUAGAGACUGUCAAAGAAGGAAACCACAAAUUUAUUUUACUGGACUUGUGAAUUUUUUGAACACACACUUAACUGUUUCAGAAAUGUGUAGAAAUGAAAAUGUUGCCAUAAAAGGAUACCCAAGCACAUAACGUUCCACUCUUUGAAAGGAAGUGGGAAAAGUCCCAUAUAUGAUAAAGCACCACCUGGACAAUAGUUGAUACCUUUUGUAAUGCUGAGGACAGAUCUAAUACCCACUUUAUAGCCUGUGUAAGAUUUUUACUGAACACAGUUAUGCUUUGAGGUUUAUGCUUUGGCAGAGUUUGACCAGCAUUUCUGCAUCCAUGUAAAUGUGCUGAAACAUGCUAGGUGGAGUUGGAGCUACAGUAAAGUUUGAUUUACUUCCAUAAGCUUACUAGUAUAUAAAGUUCCAAAUAACUGCUAACAUAGGAAGUUAGACAGUACUAAUGACUUUUAUUACUUGGUGAUAUAUUCUUUUGAGGAGAAAUAGAUUAUACAUAAGUACACUCUGAAGAUUGGUGACUACCUAAAUGUGAUUUUUGCUGGUUACUAAAAAUAUUCUUACUACUUACAAGAGCAAACUAUAACUUUGUCUCAAACUGAUCAGGGAUAUAUGUGUAUAUGAGUCUGUGUUAAGUCUGUAUAAUUCAGUAGAUUUCAGUUCUUAUAACAUUAAGAAUAACAAUUGUGAAAAGGAUAAAUCCAUAGUGUAUAGCACCAUUAUUUUAACCUUGCCUGUUAAUAGAGCUUUAACAUUCUGUCUUGGGUUUAUAUUACAUACAUAAGUGUUAACUUAAAUACUUAACCACUAAUUUUGAAAAAUUACUCAUGUGAUACAAAGGAAUCAUUAUAAUUCAGAAUGCAGUCUAGUUUCUAGGAAGUAUUAACAGAAAAAGUUUACAUAUAACUUUAGUUCAUUCAGCAAAGACCUGGAUGUUAUCCUUCUGCCAAACUGAGACUCAUUUUGACACUAAACACUUUAUAUAAAGGAACUUAUCUUUGCCUUCUCCAAACUAGAAGCAGCAGUCUCCAAGUCUCAAUAUAAUUCUACAGAGAAUAGUUUUCCUUUUCUCUAGCAAAAAGCCAAGAGAAUCUUAAAAUAAGUGACAAUUUAGCUAGAGGUUUUCUUUGCCUUAUUUC